AAAACAGAAAAAUGUGUAAUGCUGAUUCUCAAUAUACUUAGGAUAUAGAUUGCAAGCAAAUUACAAGCGAGCGGAGAAAAAUAAGAAAAAGAUAAAGAGGCCAACAACUCAUAAUUUCUUUUCUGUUGUAACCUGCGAAGAUGACGGACUUGUCGAAAAAAGCGAUUCUGAUCGACGGACGCGGACAUCUUCUCGGCCGCCUAGCGUCUGUGAUUGCAAAGCAGAUUCUGAAUGGGCGCAAUGUUGUGGUUGUGAGGUGCGAGGAUUUGCAGCUGUCCGGUCACUUCUUCAGGAACAAAAUUAAGUUUCUUGCGUAUCUGCGUAAACGAUGCAAUGUGAACCCGGCCCGUGGCCCGUUCCAUUUCCGCGCACCAAGCCGAAUGCUGUGGAAGGCGGUUCGUGGCAUGGUUCCCCACAAAACAAAACGAGGCCACAACGCAUUGAAACAAUUGAAAGUGUACGAAGGCAUUCCGCCACCGUACGACCGACAGAAGCGUCUCUGUGUGCCGAUUGCAAUGAGACAACUUUGUCUUCGUCCCGACAGAAAGUACUGUGAUGUCGGCCGUGUUGCUCAUGAGGUUGGCUGGAAGUAUCGCGAUGUUGUCAACAACCUCGAAGCAAAGAGAAAGAUCAAGGCGCGUUUGUCAUUCCUGCAUAAGAAGAAGUUGAAGAAACUUACGUGGAAGGCUCGUGCAGGCGUUGCCGACAAAAUUAAGAACAAUGACGCUGUUCUUCAAAAGUGUGGAUUCCUCACGUCUGAGUUCGAGAAGAAAUGGAAGAGACCUAUUCUUAACUCUCAAAAACCUAAGCUAGGCAAAAAGAAACGCCAAGCUGCCACCAAUGCCUAAUGUUGGCUCAGUUGGAAAAUAAGUUGCAUUAAAGAUGAUGCAAGUAACACACAUUAAAGGAUGUUUUCAUUAA